AGGAGCCAGAUCCACCGACCACUCCCUCCCCCUCCCCCAACCCCCGCUUCCACGCAGCGCCGGCGCGGCAGAUCCGCCCCCCACCGGCGGCCGUGCGGCGGCCAUGGAGAAGCCAUGCACCCUCCUGGUCCACUUCGACAAGGGCUCGCCCUCCAUGGCCAACGAGAUCAAGGCCGACCUCGAGGGCAGCGACGUCGCCGCCAAGGUCGACGCCAUGAAGCGCGCCAUCAUGCUGCUCCUCAACGGGGAGACGCUCCCGGCCCUCUUCAUCACCGUCGUCCGCUACGUCCUCCCCUCCGAGGACCACACCAUCCAGAAGCUGCUCCUCCUCUACCUCGAGAUCGUCGACAAGAGGGACGCCGCCUCCGGGAAGGUCCUCCCGGAGAUGAUCCUCAUCUGCCAGAACCUCCGCAACAACCUCCAGCACCCCAACGAGUACAUCCGCGGGGUCACGCUGCGCUUCCUCUGCCGCCUCAACGAGCCCGAGCUGCUCGAGCCGCUCGUCCCCUCCAUCCUCGCCAACCUCGAGCACCGCCACCACUUCAUCCGCAGGCACGCGCUCUCCGCGAUCUCCUCCAUCUACCGCCUCCCGCACGGCGACCAGCUCCUCCCCGACGCGCCCGAGGUCGUCGAGCGCGCGCUCGCCGGGGAGCAGGAUGCCUCCGCCCGACGGAACGCCUUCCUCAUGCUCUGCGCCUGCGCGCAGGAGCGCGCCAUCGCCUACCUGCUCACCAACGCUGAGCGCGUCGCUGAGUGGCCCGACCUUCUCCAGAUGGCCGCCGUUGAUCUCAUUCGCAAGGUCUGCCGCUCGCCCAACCGCGCAGACAAGGGAAGGUACAUCAAGAUCAUCAUCUCCCUCCUCUCCGCGCCAAGCAGCGCUGUUGUGUAUGAGUCCGCCGGCGCGCUGGUGUCGCUGUCCUCGGCGCCCACCGCCGUGCGCGCUGCUGCCAACACCUACUGCCAGCUGCUCUCGUCGCAGAGUGACAACAAUGUGAAGCUCAUUGUCUUAGACCGUCUGCAUGAGCUGCGUGCCUCGCACCGUGAUGUCAUGGUGGAUGUGGUCAUGGAUGUGCUGCGUGCACUCUCCAGCCCUAAUGUGGAUGUCAGGAGGAAGGUGCUCGAUCUGGUUCUCGAUCUGCUUACUCCCCGAAAUGUGGAGGAGGUGGUGAUGUACCUCAAAAAGGAGGUUGUCAAGACACAGGCUGGUGAUCUCGAGAAGGGUGGUGAGUACCGACAGAUGUUGGUGCAGGCGAUCCAUUCCUGCGCUGUUGAGUACCCAGAGGUGGCUGGAUCGGUGGUGCACCUCCUCAUGGACUUCCUUGGUGACACUAAUGUUGCUGCAGCAGUUGAUGUUGUUCUGUUUGUGCGUGAGAUCAUAGAGACCAAUCCCAAACUCCGUGUGUCAAUGAUCCAGAGGCUGAUUGAUACCUUCUAUCAGAUCCGUGCAUCCCGUGUCUGCUCGUGUGCUCUCUGGAUCCUUGGGGAGUACUCUCUUUCGCUAUCUGAGGUUGAGAAUGCCAUUUCGACCAUCAAGCAGUGCCUUGGUGAUCUGCCAUUCUACACCAUCUCUGAGGAAGGGGAGUCUACUGAUGCAUCAAAGCCAACCCAGCCUGUGGUGAACUCUGUCACGGUAUCUUCUAGGAGGCCAGUUGUUCUUGCAGAUGGCACUUAUGCCACACAGAGUGCUGCCACAGAGACUGCCAUUUCGUCUCCAGCUGUUGCUCCAGGGUCACUGAGUUCCACACAGAAUCUCAGAUCUCUCAUUCUGUCUGGUGAUUUCUUCUUGGCUGCUGUUGUUGCCUGUACCCUCACCAAGCUUGUGCUGAGACUGGAGGAGGUUCAGCCAUCAAAGGUUGAAGCAAACAAAGCUUCUACUGGGGCCUUGCUGAUCAUGGUAUCCAUAUUGCAAUUGGGGCAGUCCUCUUACCUUCCCCACCCUAUUGACAAUGACUCGUAUGAUAGGAUUGUGCUCUGUCUGAGGUUGCUUUGCAAUACCGGUGAUGAUCUGAGGAAGGUUUGGCUGCAGUCAUGCCGCCAGAGCUUUACAAAGAUGCUUGCUGAUAAGCAAUUCAGAGAGACUGAAGAGAUGAAGGCCAAGGCGCAAAUCUCCCAUGCUCAGCCUGAUGAUCUCAUUGAUUUCUACCACCUGAAGAGCCGGAGGGGAAUGAGCCAACUUGAGUUGGAAGAUGCGGUCCAAGAUGAUUUGAAGGCUGCUACUGGUGAAUUCACAAAAGAUGCAGAUGACGCAAACAGACUGAAUCGCAUUCUUCAACUAACAGGGUUCAGUGAUCCUGUGUAUGCUGAAGCAUAUGUAACUGUUCACCACUAUGAUAUUGUACUUGAUGUUACUAUCAUAAACCGAACAAAGGAAACACUUCAGAACUUGUGCUUGGAGUUAGCAACAAUGGGUGAUCUCAAACUUGUUGACCGCCCCCAGAAUUACACGCUGGCUCCUGAGUCAAGCAAGCAAAUUCGGGCCAACAUCAAAGUUUCAUCAACAGAGACUGGAGUCAUAUUCGGUAACAUAGUUUAUGAGACCUCAAAUGUAAUGGAGCGAUCAGUGGUGGUCCUAAAUGAUAUUCACAUUGACAUCAUGGAUUAUAUCUCACCUGCUACUUGUGCUGAUGUUGCUUUCCGGAACAUGUGGGCUGAAUUUGAGUGGGAAAACAAGGUGGCCGUGAACACUGUCAUUCAGGAUGAGAAGGAAUUUUUGGACCAUAUCAUCAAAUCGACCAAUAUGAAGUGUCUAACACCACCAUCUGCACUUGAUGGAGAAUGUGGGUUUAUCGCCGCUAAUCUCUAUGCCAAGAGUGUGUUCGGCGAGGAUGCAUUGGUGAAUAUCAGUGUUGAAAAGCAAGCCGAUGGCAAGCUGAGCGGCUACAUCAGAAUACGGAGCAAGACCCAAGGAAUCGCUCUCAGCUUAGGCGACAAGAUUACCCUCAAGCAGAAGGGAGGCAGCAGUUAACUGAGCUGUGACGAAGACGUCACUAGUAUAUCAAAUUAUUACGAAGGCCCAUCCGAACUCAAUUUUUGCUACUCCCAAUUUUCAUGAGUUGUCAAUUGUUAUCAAUUUGUUUGAGUUGGAAUGACAGGCAGUAGAGAUAUCCUACAUGAACAUGAUUGUGUAGCCUUGUAUUGUUUUUAGCUUUACCAUGAUAUGUGCUCCCAGAUGUUUUAUGGUGCUGUCUAUUCUUUGCUCACUUUGUACUCCCCUGA